AUGAGUACAGCUGUUGCUACUGUAUCUGCUAAUGCUAAUUCAAUUCCGAUCCUUAAUGGAAGUAAUUUUAAGGAUUGGAAAGAGAGCAUUCUUAUUGUUCUCGGAUGCAUGGAUAUCGACUUUUCGUUUAGAAUGGAUGAGCCCACUCCUACUACGGAUGAUAGUAACUCUCAUGAUAAGAGAAUAUAUGAGAAGUGGGAACGUUCUAAUCGUUUGAGUCUUAUGAUCAUAAAGCGUGGCAUACCUGAGGCUUUUAGGGGUGCGGUAUCUGAUGAGAUAACCAAUGCCAAAGAUUUCCUUGCCAAAAUCGAAAAGUACUUUGAGAAAAGUGAUAAAGCAGAAACUAGCACUCUUUUAAAGAGACUAAUUUCUAUGAAGUUUAAAGGUAAGGAAACAUAA